CCUUGUUGGCAAUGUUUCUCCUGCUCAGAUCUCGGCCAGUGCUCCAGGUCUCAGUGGUCAUGAGCUUCAGCCGCCGCGAGUUUCCACUUUCCUCAUAUGAAUGUCCAGAUAAAAUACCGCAGACUACAGAAAUUCGUGUGUGUUUCAACAAGAAAGUGAAGAGCCGUGGAGUGACAGGUGAAACCACAGCUUCAGUGCACUACACCCUUGUGCUGGAUGCGGGGCGUACACAGAGCCGUGCUGUCUUCUCUGGAACCCCACAAAAUAACAUCCGUGUGAUGACCUCAUCUCAGGAGCUCAUCACAAGUGAAGAAUGCGCCAGUUACAGGAUCACUCUUCCCAAUUGUGUGGAGGACUCUCUAACGCCUCUCCGUGUCAGUCUCAACUUCUCUUUGAGUGGGAUUCCUAUUCUUAGCGAGGACUCACGAACCAACCAGUCAGGAGAGAUUCUGUUUGAGAAGAACUGUGGUGCUGACGGGGUGUGUGAGGACGACCUGAGGAUAAACCUCUCCUUCAGUGGCCUCCAACAGCUGGUGGUUGGUUUGUCUCUCGAGGUUAAUCUAACAGUAUCAGUGACAAAUAGUGGGGACGAGUCGUACAAUUCCCGUGUCCUCAUUCCCUUCCCCCCAGACCUGUCCUAUCGCAGAGUGUCUCUUUUACAGAGCAACAAGCAGAUCACCGUCACAUGUGCAAGUGAGGAGGACCAGAGAGUGGUGACCUGCGGAGUGAACAGACCUCUGCUCAGACCCAACACUACGGCCAUCUUCUUGGUCAGUUUUCAUGUCGCACAGAAAGCAGAUCUUGGAGACUCGUUAAAUAUGACUGCCAAUGUCACCAGUGACAAUGGGAGCGUUCCCAAUGAACUAAUGAAGUCCUCAUCUGCCAUCAAAGUGCUGUACUCCAUCUAUGUAACCAUCACCAGCCUUGAAGAAUCUACCAAAUAUGAGAACUAUACGUCCCCGGAGCCCAGCAUUAAACAUGUUUACAGGGUGACAAAUCAAGGAUUACACCAGUUGUCUCUCUCGGUCACCUUUCUGAUUCCUGUCCGUUUGGGGGAAAGUAUCAUCUGGGAGACACCAAACAUCAACAGCUCAGAGCCUCAGCUCACCACGUGUAGAACAGUAAGUGAGACUGGAGGAGCACAGAACCAUCGGGAGCUCCUGAAAGAGAGUCCAGUUCUGAACUGCUCAGUCGGGACAUGUCUCCGCACUGACUGUAGCAUCAGCAAUUUGAAGGAUAGGGAAUCGGUGACCUUCACCAUCAGUGGACCAGUGAGAAGACACUGGGAGACGCAGACUGAUCAGGAGAAAGUGCUGCUCCAGAGCUCAGCGGAAAUUCACUAUGAUACUCGGGUCUAUUUCAUGGAGCAGAACUUCACCAAAGCACAGGCUCAGACAGUGUUGGAGGUAAACGUUGAGUAUAAUUACCUUCCUGUAAUCAUCGGGAGCAGUUUCGGGGGCCUGGCCCUCUUGGCCCUGAUCACUGCCGGCCUCUACAAGCUUGGAUUCUUUAAGCGUCAAUACAAGGAGAUGCUGGAUAACACAGCGGGUGAGAGUGCGGGAGAUGCCACCGCUACAGAUCCCCCAACCAAUGGAGGUCCAGAAUGAGGAGGACGGGACUGCAAAUAAUCUGCCCUCUGCUCUGUGCAAGAUACAGAGCCUCUCCAUAUCAGCCCUCCUCAUUAUCUACCCUGCAGAUAUUCUAUUCCAUUCUAUAUAUGAUGGUCAUAGACAUUAUAUGCUCAUUCAGUCAA